UGUUGUAAUUUUCAUUCUGAUUAUUGCCAUUGGUGGUCUUAUGUAUCGCCAUCAUACCAUAAUGGCUGCAAUGUUGAAACAAAAACCUUCCUCUUCUUCUAGAAGGAAGAGGCAUAGGAAACAAGGAAGGAUUUAUGCCAAUGAAGAUGGAAAUGUUGAUAGUGAAAGAAAUCCAGUGCUAAAUUUUAAUCAUUUAAUCGAAUGUGACACAGAAGGGCGUUCUAUAGGCAAACUAUUUGUGUCAAAUAAAGAAAUUGCAAAGGUAGUAAUGGAACAGUUGUUCUUGAAGGGGUAUACGAAGGUCGUAAGGUUGCUGUGAAACGCCUCGUGAGGGCCCACCAUGAUGUUGCAUUUAAAGAAAUUCAAAAUCUUAUUGCUUCUGAUCAACAUCCAAAUAUUGUUAGGUGGUAUGGAGUGGAAUAUGAUCAUGAUUUUGUUUAUCUUCUUUGGAGCGUUGUGCUUGUAGCCUUUAUGAUUUAAUUCAAAUGAAGAAAGGGGGUUUAGAAUUAGAUUCAAUCAAUCGUGACAUCAUCAUGCAUGAUGUUCAUUUAUGGAAACCAAAUGGAUACCCUUCGCCUAUUUUGUUAAAUUGAUGAGGGAUAUAGUAUCUGGGCUUGUUCAUUUGCAUGAAUUAGGGAUCAUUCAUCGGGAUUUAAAGCCACACAAUGUGUUAAUAGUCAAAGAAAAAUCAAUAUGUGGGAAGCUUUCUGACAUGGGAAUUAGCAGACGCCUCGUUGGCGACAUGUUGUCAUUAGGACUCCAUGCUACUGGUUCCGGAAGUUCAGGGUGGCAAGCACCCGAACAACUUCUUCAUGGACGCCAAACACGUGCGAUAGAUUUGUUCAGUUUAGGUUGUGUCCUGUUUUUCUGCAUGACAUGUGGCAGACACCCAUUUGGUGAUCAUCUUGAACGUGAUGUGAAUGUGGUCAAAAACCGAGUCAACCUUUUUUUAGUUCGACAUAUUCCGGAAGCUUUUGACCUCUUCUCUAGAUUACUAAACCCUAACCCUGAACUCAGGCCAAGGGCUGUGGAUGUGUUGCAUCAUCCUUUGUUUUGGGAUUCCGAGGUGAGAAUGUCGUUUCUAAGGGAUACUAGUGAUCGGGUGGAAUUGGAAGACCGGGAAUGUGAUUCCGUUCUUCUUAGGGAAUUGGAAAGUAAAGGUUCGGUGGCUUUGGGUGGAAAAUGGGAUGAAAAGAUGGAACCGGAAUUCAUCAAUAACAUUGGUCGGUAUAGGCGGUAUAAAUACAACGGUGUGCGUGACUUGCUUCGCGUCAUUCGAAAUAAAUUAAAUCAUUACCGCGAAUUACCCAAAGAAAUUCAGGAAUUGUUGGGAGGUGUACCGGAGGGGUUUAAUGAUUAUUUUGGGAGUCGGUUCCCGAAGCUGUUGAUGGAGGUGUACAAUGUCAUGUACCAUUAUUGCGCUCGGCCCAAACUACCAAAAGCCGAAAAUAGAACUCAGUCGACAGUCGACACUCCUCGAUACGGCGGCGAUCUUCGUCUUCGCUCAAGCAAAUCUCCUUCUCCAUUGUUGAUCAUUUCAAGGGAAGCGGUCGUUCGCACCUCCUGGACAUCAGCAAACCCUGGUCGGAGGUUUCUUUCCUGCCCUCAAAAGGGUUCCAGAUGCCGAUUCUUAGGAUGGAUUGAUCCUCCCAUGUGUGCAAGAUCUAUGUUGAUAAUACCCGGAUUAUUGAGGAAUAUCAACAAUGUAAACUAUCAAGUGGCAAGAUUGAAGAUGUGUUUGUUUGCAAGUUGGUUACUAUUUGUGGUGGUUUGGGUACUUUUCAUUUAG